CGGGCCUAUUCGUUGAGGAACCCUUUCCUGACAAUCUUAUCAGCUGGCCGAGUGAAGACUUCGCCAUUGCAUACACCUCAGAUCAUGAGCGACAGGGACGAGGAUGAGCUUGCCACGAAGAAGAGACGUUCCAGAGCCUGUGACCAGUGUAGGAGGAGAAAAGUGCGGUGCGGCGGAUCCGAGGAAGAAGGAAAAUCAUGCUCGACCUGUGCGGUGUUCAAGAGCAAGUGCACGUAUACUGCGACCUCGGAGAAACGUUAUGUGAACGGCGAAUAUGUCAGAGCUUUGGAAUCGGAGGUGAUGAAGCUGCGGCUUACGGUUCAGCAGGUGCGUCUUUCAAUGGUUAUACAUGAUGUCCACAGCGCGGUCAUACCCAACCACACAGCUGCAAUCAAGGCUCGCCGAACUGGAAAGGCCUCAUGUUACAAGUGCCUCCAUUUCGAACAGUUCGACCUACUCUCCUUCCGGCGACCCGCCAUCUGCUACAAACGUUUCUGUCAAGCAGGAGGAAACUGGGGAAGACGAAGGUCUCGUAGAAGGCUUCAAGUAUAUUGUUAUCGAUGAAAAACGCGUGCGCUUCAUGGGCAGGUCCAGCAACUUCCCCCUCAUGAAGGCCGCAAUGAAAAUGAAGCAAGAACUCGCCAAAGACAGCGGCAGUCCAUUGCUCAGCGGAGGGUAUAACCCUCUAAUGCCGUCGAAACGGCGCCCAGAAUUCUGGCUAAGUAUCAUGGAUUUCAUCCCGCCAGAACUCCCGUAUACCGAUUUUCCAGAACCCUCGCUCAUGAACGCCCUUCUCGAUAACUACUUCCAGGACAUUCACCGGAACUUUCCUCUACUGCACCGACCGACUUUCCUACAGAAUAUUGCCUCGGGGCUACACCUCAUCGAUGAGGGUUUCGGUGCGACAAUGCUGCUCGUGUGUGCCCUGAGCGCGCGCUUCUCGUACAACCCCGCCGCGCUCACGCCCGGCUUGGCAAGCUGGCAAUGGGCCGGCUGGCAAUGGUUCCAGCAGGUCCGCGCCAUGCGCAAGCUCAUUCCGCUCACGGCGACGACGCUUUAUGACCUGCAGGUUGCCGCGCUCGGUGGUGCAUACGUCGCCGCCUUGUCGAUGCCACAGUCGAACUACGCGGUCAUAGGAUGCGGCCUCCGGCUUGCGCAGGAUCUGGGUGCGCAUAGACAGAUGGCGUACGGGCCGGAGCCGACGGUCGAGGGCGAGCUACGGAAGCGCGCAUUCUGGUGCUUAUUGGCAAUGGACAGAGGCAUGUGCUCCAUUUUGGGAAGGCCGUGCGAUGUCCAAGAUGAGGACUUCGAUGUCGACUACCCUAUCGAGUGCGACGACGAAUAUUGGGUGACGGAAGAUCCACAAAAAGCAUUCAAACAGCCAGUGGGGCGGCCUUCUACCGUUGCACACUUCAACUGCGCCAUGAGGCUGGAGCGGAUACAUGCGCAUGUGCUACGCACUAUUUACUCGCCGCAAGGGGCCAAGAGUCUUUCAGAUCCUGAGCGUGCCCAGCAGAUCGUCGCGGAACUGGACUCGGAGCUGAACCAGUGGGUGGACUCGAUCCCCGAGCACUUAAUAUACGAUCCCAGCAGAGAGGACGUCCCCUUUGCUGGCCAAUCCGCCUCGCUUCAUGCGUCGUACCACAGCCUGCGGAUCUUUAUCCAUCGGCCGUUCAUCAUGACACCGCAGAGGCGCGUGCCGCUGCCAUUCCCAUCGCUGGAGAUCUGCACGAACGCGGCGCGGUUGUGUAUCCAAGCCCUCGACAGGUACUUCGCCUUGUCGGGCCAAGCACUGGUCUUCCGAUACCACCUGGCGUCACUGUUCUCGUCUGUUAUUAUUCUACUGCUGCAUGUGUGGAGCGAGACGCAGUCAGGGUCUGCUACCAACGUCACGAAGGAGCUUGAGCAUGUCCACAAGGCACUGCGUAUAUUCAAGGACCUCGAGGAACGAUGGAGUGUUGCUGGUCGGUUCUGGGACAUCAUCCACGACCUUAUGACUGCCGUCGAGUCGAUACAGAAUGGCAGUGCUUGCGGGAUGCACGAGCACAGACAAGACGACGGCAUCGUGCCUGCGCACGAUAUUUGCUCAGCCUCCCUGACACAGCGUUCGGCCAACGUACCGCCCACGUAUGACAACGGUGUGCAGCAGCAGCCACUCAUAGCGGCGAAUCCUCCAAACUAUUCCCAGGCCAACUUCAACUACGCGCCACCUCCGCGUGUAUAUGGCUCCAGCGGCUCCAGCAUGCUGCCCAGCAGUGAUGCCUUCGACUCCGACAGCUUCUGGCAUGACCCGCCGACGCAACAACAGAUGGAUGCCCAGGGACAGUUCGGGUCGCUACCACCUCUCAACGGCGCAUACACACCCAACCCCGACUUGGAUGCGAUCUUUGCGGACCUGCUGCCUACGUUAUCGCGUGAGGAUCCGUUUGCGACGAUGGCGCGCGGGAUGCCGCAGUACUUCGGGUCAGGUCAGCUCUUCGAGGGCGUCGGGCCUGGGGGUGGAGGAGGCUCUGGAGGGCAGCCACACGUGCACUCUGGAGGCUUUGUGGACACGGGGUUUGUAACUCCUGGAAUGCCAUAUGCGUGGGGAGCAGGUACUCAGGGCGGCUAGUUGUGAGAUGGUGCUGGUGUGGCUCGUUGCUGGUUGUAUCUCGUACCAUACCACCUGUGCUAUUUAACUGGCCUUAGUCUGAGCAUUAAAUACUGUACUGAGUACUCGUGGUCUAGACUCCAUGGAAUGAAUUAUCAUC